AUGGAGCCAAACAACAGAACAACACAUACGGUAACAGAAUUCCUCAUCACAGGAUUGGAUGAAGUACAACACCCAAAGCUGGUGGGAGCAGCCAUUUUGUUCGUCCUCUUUCUCAUUCUGAUCGGAAGCAUCACCAACAUUUGUGUCAUAGCAUUCAACAAGCCUCUGCAUACCCCCAUGUACUUUUUUAUUUGCUCGCUGGCAGUGGUAGACAUAGUCUACACCAGCGGCAUUAGUGUUACAAUGCUUAACGUUCUCCUUGGUGAGGAGAGAAGAGUCCCCUAUGCACCCUGCAUGAUACACUUUUGUGAAUAUGCAGCAUUAGUAAGAGCAGCAUGUGUGAAUCCUACAUUUUAUUUCAGUCUAGCUUCUACUGUGGCGACCACCAUAUUAUGGGUUAAUUUAGCCUUGAUAUUCUUCUCAUACAUGAAGAUAGUUUAUGUAGUGAUACAAAUGUCUUCAUCCAAAGACAGGAGGAAAACAUUUAACACCUGUGUCUCCCACAUGAUAGUGGUGGCUUGCUUCUUUAUCCCCAAGGUGUUGUUAAUAUUGGUCACCAGGGUUGGUUUGGUUCUCACGCUCUCUCACAGAAAUGGCCUAAUCAUUGGCUCUACUCUGGGCCCCUCUCUUGUGAACCCACUUGUGAUGUUUGGGAUGAUCUGGACCAACGUGCACGACAACGUGUCCCUAGCAACUUCACACAGCCAUUGA